AUGAUUCAAGAAGAAGAAGAAGAAGAAGAAGAAGAAGAAGAAGAAGAAGAAGAAGAAGAAGAAGAAGAAAAAGAAGAAGGAGCAGAAGAUAUUGGGUCUUCAGAAAAAACCUUGGGAUCUGAACCUCUCUACGAUGGCAACGGGACACUACAAAAACUUAUUUGUGAAUGGAAUGUGGAAAGGUUGAUAUUUGUAGAUGAUGGAAGAGAGAAACUGAAGAAACCAGUAAGAAUAACUGAAAUAAUUCACAAGAAGAGAAAACUGAGAGUAAAUAUGAGCAAAACUAAAGCUAUGAUGGCAAAUGGCAACCAGUAUAGAUAG